AUGCCAUUAGAUUCUAAAUGGGCUUCCGCAGAGCCCACUGAAGAAGCCUCGUCUCCCAAGAAACAGGUACGAUCUUCGAAAAAACCAUCAACUCAUCACACCGACUCUAAAAAGAAGUUAUCAUCGAAGAAGCAAAACCCAGCACAAUUAGCUGUCACUGAUAGUGAUACAGACGAUAAUAGUACGGAUAGUGACUGGUCGAGACCUAGUAGUGGGAGAAAGUCAGCCAUAUUUGAUAACGAAAGGCCAAAGUCCAAUCAUUCAUCCAAAACCUUAGCUGAUAAUCCUUUGGCAAAAGCACUUGGGAUCAGCUGUGAUCCACCACAACAAGGACAUCCAAACAAAAACUCCCAUAGUAAAGGUCAUAGCCAGUCGAAAUUGCCUUUGAAAAAGGCAGACAAACCUCUACCCAAAGAUAAAUCGACCAAAUCCAACGAACCAAUUAAGGGAAAUAAUGGCAAAGGGAAGAAUCAAGAGAAGAAAGCUCAGUCGUUGAAGAAAAAAAUCGAAGAGCAAAAGAAGCUGUUGGAAGAAAACAAGCACAAAGCUGAACAAAAGGACCUUAUUAAUGCAUUACUUGAAGGAGACGUAUCGUUUGAUUGGGAGGAAGACGAAAGUGAAUUGAUGCAAAAACUUCAAAUGUAA